CAGCUUCAUCUGCAAUAGGUUCAGUGAAACUACAACUACUUUACAAAAUGAAUCUGUUCAUAAUCGCCGCUCUCGUCGCCGUGGCCGCCGCCGGUCGCUUGGAGCACCUGGAGCGCUCCUACCUCCCCCCCGAUAGCAGCUCCAUCAGCAGCAGCCGCUCCCUCGGCAGCCACGGCGGCUUCGGCUCGUCCAGCUCCCACGGCGCCUUCGGAGCCAGCUCCGGGUCCUUCGGCGCAGCUGGGGCUCGCCAGCAAGGUGCCUUCGCCGGCGCCACCUCCAACCAGUACCUGCCUCCUAACCACGGAUCCUCAGGAGCCAACGGAGCUCCUCAGUUCGCUGGUUCUCUCCAAGGUUUUGGUGGUGCCCAGAACUUCCGCAGCCAACAAAACGGUGGUCACCAAGGGGCUUCUGCUCAGCAGUAUUCUGCCCCCAGCUCGCAGUACGGCGCCCCUAGCUCUCAGUACUCUGCUCCUAGCUCUCAAUACUCUGCCCCUAGCUCUCAGUACUCUGCCCCUAGCUCUCAGUACUCUGCCCCCAGCUCUCAAUACACCGCCCCCAGCUCCCAGUACUCCGCCCCCAGGUCCCAGUACUCUGCCGCCCCCAGCUCGCAGUACGGCGCACCCGCUGGCUCGUUCGGCCAGUCUGCCACCAGUCGUCAGUACCUCGCUCCUCGUGCCAGCUCCUCCCAGCAGUAUCCUCAGCAAGCCUUCGAUGAGCAGACCGGAUCCAACAAAUACUACACAAAAAUGAAACUGUUCGUGAUCGCUGCCCUCGUCGCCGUGGCCGCUGGAGCUCGCUUGGAGCAUCUUGAGCGUGCCUACCUUCCUCCCUUCGGUGCCAACGGAGGCUCAGCUCAGCUCGGCUCCCAAGGAUCCUUCGGAGGUAACUCCGGAGCCUUCGGCGCAGCUGGCGCUGAUCAGCAAGGUGCUUUUGCUGGCGCUACCUCCAACCAGUACCUGCCUCCUGAUCACGGACCCUCGGGAUCCAACGGAGCUCCUCAGUUCGCUGGUUCCCUCCAAGGUUUCGGUGGUGCCCAGAACUACCGCAGCCAGCAGUACAGCGGCCAGCAACAGUACUCUGCCCCCAGCUCCCAGUACUCUGCCCCCAGCUCCCAGUACUCUGCCCCCAGCUCGCAAUACGGUUCCCAGGCCCAGUUCGGUCAGCAGGCCGCCGCCAGCCGUCAGUACCUUGCUCCCCAGGCCUCCUCCCAGCAGUACCCUCAACAAGCCUUCGAUGAAGAAACCGGAUACCAUUACUAAGUGUGCAUAGUUUAGCAUGUAAUCUUGUAGGCCAGUGACAUAAUUUUUAUGUGGAAUAAAUAGUUGUGUAUAAUAUAAA